CAGACAUCACCAAAACUGUGCAAAGUCAAGAUAUAGUGGAAGGUGAUCCGGAAGAUACAGGCACACCGACAAUAACAUUUCAUCCAUCGUGCUUAGAACGUAGAGAGCGUAGAUCUCGAUUAAGCUUGCGGUCAUCUACUGGUAAUGAUGCUCUGGCAUGUCCUUCAACUUACAGGUCAUAUGUCCAGCUGUUUGAAACUGAAAUAGUAACAGUUGAUGACUCCGAUGAUGAAGGUGACAAAACCAUACCAAUGGAUGGUGAUAUCAGUUUGCCAGAGUUAUUAAUAAAGUUACAGUCACAGGUUGACCUGGAGAAGAUAACGAAAUUCAAUAUCAACAGAAACCUUGUUUUAGAUGGUGCUCGGAGAGCCAUCAAAAGGAAAUCCUUCUGUGCUAAAAGCAAGAUAAGUGUGAAGUUUACGGACGAUGUAGGAAUCGCAGAAGGUGCCGUAGAUGAAGGUGGACCAAAAAGAGAGUUCUUGAGAAUGCUGAUGAAAAAGAUCCAAUACCUGCACAUUUUUGAAGGUCCUGAAAACAGAAGAAUUUUGGCCUAUAGUACAUCAGCCCUAGAAGACAAUCUGUACAGAGAUGUUGGAUUAUUCUUUUCCCUAUCCAUUGUACACGGAGGACCAUCACCAAAAUUCCUUUCUCCAGUUAUGUACAAUGCGUUGGUAGGACAAGCUGGAGAAAGGAAUAUUGAAGAUAUAGCAGAUGGUGACUUGAGAGGAGAAGUUCAAAAGUUAAAAGAUGCAUCAAGUUUGCAAGACUUGAACAAACAAAUGAAUGCAAUGUCAACCCUGUUGAUAACAGCGGGAUGUUUCAGGCCUAUAUUGAACAUGCAACAAAAAGAUAAAUUAAUCAUGGAUAUUGUCAGAUUUUUGGUCCUGGAAAGAACCAGUACUCCUCUUCACCAGUUGCGUGAUGGGUUACAGACACUUGAUGUAUUAACGUACAUUCAAGAGCAUUAUAAAGCAUUUAAGGAUUUGUUUGUCUGUCAAGGAAAUGAAAAAUUGACCGCUGAAAUGAUGGAGGUGGUGUUUAUGGAUAUCAAAAUGUCAGUUCCAGGCAGCAACAGAAGACGGGACGAGGAGAACAUUGUUGGAUAUUGGAGAGAUUUUUUAAUUGACUUGCAAGAAGAUGAGGAUGGUGAAAUUACCUUAGGUGAUGUUUUAUCAUUUGCAACUGGAGCAGACUGUGUACCUCCAUUAGGAUUUGAUCCAUCACCAUCUAUUACUUUUCUUCAUGACUCAGGAUUGUUUCCAAAAGCAAACACAUGCUCAAUGGAGUUGAAGCUUCCAGUUUCAGAAGAUUUUAAUACAUUCAAAAAAAACAUGACUUUUGGAAUUGCAAACUCACCAGGCUUUGGACUGGCAUAAACCAUUCAUGGGAGUCUUUAAUUUUAAUACUCUUCCAUACUUCAUCUUCAUUUUUUGUCUUGCCUGGUACAAAGGUUGUUACAAAUACAAAUUUGAAUAUUUCUGUAUAAAUAUAUUGAUUAUAUAAAUUCUUAUACAAAUGGUAUCAUGUUGUCGUUGUCCAUAGACAUUUGGUUUUCACACAAUAACUUAAGUAUAAGUAAAUAAAAGUCUAUGAAAUUUAAACACAUGUUUUUUUUACCACAAAAGGAAGGUUGGGAUUGAUAUUUGGAGUUUGGUCCUAACAGUUUAGGAGGAAGAGGCCAAAAGGGUAAAAUGUUAACUCUUUUUUUUUUUUUUUAUUGAUUUCAUCAAAAAUUGAAUUAUUUGGGUUCUUUGAUAUGUCUAUUCUAAUCGUGUAUUUGGAUUCUUAAUUUUUGGUCCUGUUUUCAAAUUGGUCUACAUUAAGAUCCAAAGGGUCCAAAAUUGAACUUAGUUGAUUUUAACAAAAAAAUAAUUCUUGGGGUUGUUUGAUAUGCUGAAUCUGAAAAUGUAUGAAUUUUUAUUAUGGGCCCAGUUUUCAAGUUGGUCCAAAUAGGGGUUCAAAUUAAACUUUUGUUUGAUUUCAACCAAAAUUGAAUAUAAGGGGUUCGUUCUUUGACAUGCUCAAUCUAACCAUGUAUUUAGAUUUUUGAUAUUUGGUCCCCAUUAUCAAAUUGGUCCACAUUAUGGUCUAAAGGGUCCAAAAUUGGAACUUUAUUUGAUUUCAUCAAAAAUUGAGUUCUUGUGGUUCUUUGAUACGCUGAAUCUAACCAUGUAUUUAAAUUUUGGAAAAUGGACCAUAAAAAGUGAAUGUCCAAUUUAAAACUUUUCAGCUUUUAGACCCCAUUCAUUCUGUGUCAGAAACCUAUGCAGUGUCAACUUUUUAAUCACAAUCCAAAUUCAGAGCUGUAUGAAACUCGAAUGUUGUGUCCAUAUUUGCUCCCCAUUUUCAGGGUUCCACUUCUGCGGUCGUGUCAAGCUGUGCCCUGCCAAACAUUUUAUUAUGUUAUAGUUUUGAACAAGUUCCAAAAAGAAACUUGGGUGCUUUAUAUGUUAAAUUGUUGUUUGACUCAAACUGCACAGACAUCUGAGUUUGAUUAUUUUGUAAAACAUGUAUAACAGUUAGGGAAACUGAUGAGUUGUUGAAAAUAAAAUAUUUAGAUCUAAUGUUAUCAUAAUACUAUGAACUUUUGUUUUGCAAUUUAUGGAGAACAUAACUGUCAGGUUUAUUUUCAUUAAAAUGUUUUAUUAAA